AUGGCGCCCGCGAAGCGAUUGAACCUGAGCAAGUCGCACGAUGACGACGAGAGCUCCUCGGCCGCGUCCUCGGACGACGAACAGGAGCAGCAGACGCCGACGCAGUCAGCCGAGGAGGGAGAGGAGUCCAGCUCCGAUGAGGAAUCCGACGAAGAGUUCGAGAUCCCACCUGGCUUCGAGAGCGUCAAGGGCAGCGCGGCCGUCACCCGUGAAGCCGUGAUCAACAACGAACAGGAGCUCUGGUUCUUUAAGCUGCCUAAGAACCUCGACGCGUCGGUGCUCGCCAACGUGACGAUCAAGGUGGAUGAAGGCAAGGCGGCGGCGCCCGGCGAGGUGCUGGCUAAGGUCACGGCCGGAGAGGCCAACAAGAAGUUCCUGCUGCAGAGCGAGGACCGCAUGCUGACGGACCAGCUCGUGAACGCGCUGCCGCUUGCUUCGGACCGCGCUCGCUUUGUGCUGGGCAAGCCGUUCUCGCGCUGCUUCUCGCUCAAGAAACACUCGUCCGACAAGCACGAGAAGCACCACAAGUCCAAGAAGGCUAAGCACAAGAAGUAA